UGUGCCACAAAAACCCAAACAGUCAGUGUGCACAGCUGCUAGCUAAACGGAGCAUAGUAAAAGAAAGAGGCGCAGGCCUAGCGUUAGUGACAUUAUUUUGUAAAGGUUGUUUUUAAUAAGUGGCACCGGGACGAAGCCGUUUGUCACUUCGUCGUUUUUUGCAUCUGUUGUAGCUGAAGUUAUCCGAGGUUGUCUCAUGAUUUAACUUGAAUACUGACGAAAAGUAGAGUGAAGAGGUUGGUUUGAUGUGCGUGGCUUCAAGACAAGAGGCACCAUGAGUGCAGAGGUGGAUGCACUGACUGUGGUGAACCAGCUGCGAGAUCUUGCUGCGGACCCCCUGAACCGAAGAGCCAUAGUAGAAGAUCAAGGCUGCUUGCCAGGUCUCAUCCUUUUUCUGGACCACCCCAACCCACAGGUCGUCUACUCUGCACUUUUGGCCGUGCGCUACCUGGCAGAAUGUCGAGCCAACAGGGAGAAGAUGAAGGGCGAGCUGGGCAUGAUGCUGAGUUUGCAGAAUGUCGUGCAGAAGAGUACAUCCCCCGGAGAAACCAAACUCUUGGCCUCUGAGAUCUACGAAAUUUUGCAGGCAGCCGGUAAAGACGAGGCCGCACAGGCUGAGGCAGAUGCUGCCUCCUGCCGACGUAAAGCCCAGUUCUUCCUGGGCUCCAACAACAAAAGGGCCAAAACUGUUGUGCUGCACAUCGAUGGACUAGACGACUCUACUCGGAGGAGCCUCUGUGAGGAGGCCUUGUUAAAGAUCCGAGGGGUCAUCAGCUUCACCUUCCAGAUGGCCGUCAAGAGAUGUGUUGUCAGGAUCCGCUCUGACCUCAAAGCUGAAGCGUUGGGUACAGCAAUCAACUCCACCAAAGUAAUGAAAGCCCAGCAGGUGGUGAAGACAGAGGAUGGAGGAGAGUUGAUUCUGCCAUUCCAGGAGGGCUCUGAAAUGCUGGUGGAGGAGAACACAGACAUCCCAGACUAUCUGCCUGAGGAGGAGAGUCCGUCCGAGGAGCAGGAUAAGGCCGUCACGCGCGUGGGCUCCAUCACAGAUGGCAUGGGCUGGCUCAACACAGCCGCCAACUUCCUGACACGCUCUUUUUACUGGUGACCACUUCCUGUGCUCAUUUUCUGCCCCCUGUUUAUUUUUUUCCCCCUAAAGUAACCAUCCAAGCUGCAGCGUUUCAGCAUCUCUCAGCCUAGUCCCGGAACUAAGCCCUGUCUCAUGGCCCUACACUAGUCUAGAGUCCCCUCUGCAAAGCACACAGAGCCCGGUCACGCAAGUGUGUGCGACAAGUGCUGGACUGCUGGACUGCCAAGUGGAACCUGCAAUAACUUUAUAUACUUUAACUAUAUAUAUAGAUAUAUAUAUCUAUAUGUGUAUAUAUAUAAUUAAAAAAUUCCACUGCAGGCUGUAUGUGCACAACUAUAUACUAGCUGCAUAUGUGUCUCACAAAACAUCACUAGAGGACUUUAAAUCAGAUGAAACCAAAUAGCAUUCUGGUAAUGUGUGUGGCUGCGUUGACAGAGUUUACACGUGGCAGGCAUAUUUAAUAGUUGAGGCUGAUUUUUACAUGUUGAAAAUUGGGAGGGUUUUUUUUCUUGUUUUUUUGUGUGCAUGCUUUUUGGUUGCUUUUCUCUUGGUGUCUAUUCCCAACCAUCCUUUAACUACACAUGCAGUACAUACUACUGCAUGUUUUUCAUAUCUUUCAUUCUUCAAUUUCCCAAUUAAGCUUUUUUUUUUUUUUUCUUCCCUUCACUGUUUUUGUUGUUUUUUUUAGCAUGCUUUGAGUCUUUUGUGCCAAUCUUGCCUGAUGCCUAGAUCUUCAGUUAUUGUGUGUGCCUUUUUGACAUUUCACUGUAAUUAUUAUUUAUUCAUCAUUGUAACUUCAUUCAAAUAAUUUGAGAACUCAGAGCACGUCAGAUGUAACAUUUGUGCUUCCCAGGUGGCCCUUAGAAGCAGGCGGCCUUCUCUAGCUUUUAGCUCGCUGAGGGACGUCUCUUCAGUAGAAUUAGUGAACUAGACACCAGCAAGAGGCUGCAGCCACAUUCAGCCACUGGCUUACAUGCAGGAUCAUAGGACUGUUUUUUGUUGUGUACUGAUUAGCUAGUUGGCUGAUUAAUACACCACCCCUUACUGCGUUUAGUGUUUUCUGUCACAAAGCAGGACUCCUGUGAUGAUGAUGCUAUAAUGCAGGGGGGAAAAAAAUCAUAAGUGAGUUCUGUAGCGGCGACGAAUCGGCUGAUGGCUCUUUUGUGUUAAUUGCACAGACUUUAGGCUACCUCUGUUUUCAGCCCUCUAUCUCACAUCCACAGUAUGGUCUUCUGUAGGUUUAGUUCAGCAUGGUGAAGACAAACCUGGUAGAUCCCUGCUUGUAUUUACUUUAACAUGUUACCUGGAAUUCCACUGACAUUCUUGCAGUUUUGUAGACCCACCUGUUAAGUUCAAUAUUUCCAUUUAGCCGGCAGUGUCCUUAAUGUAAAGAUCAUGUUGGUGCACGCUCACACAUGCACACAGAGGACUCACUAAUGCUGUCAUAUGAGCAGUAGCGGUAUACUAUAACAAUGGUAUGGUUAUGUACAUUUUGUAAAUGGUGCCUGAAUCCCAACAAUCGCACAUGUGAAGGAAACUUGUUUUUUUUGUAAUACUGAUUUGCAUUUGAUGUCACAAAAUGGGAGAAGAGGUUGUAGCUGCUAAUGCUAACACUUCUAGUGAGUCUUUUUUUUUUUUUUUUUAAAUUCGAAAGCUCCUACUACUCUGUGACUCACACCAGGUUUAAUCAUUAUCUCCUCUGAAUUGUGUGUGUCAUUAACAAUUAUUAUAUCCAGUGCUGACUAGGCGGCUUUUAUUGUUUUGAUGGUGCAGAAAUGUCACAGUUGGUUGAGGUCAAACUGGCAAAGAAUGACCUGAAUAACCUGUGUUUAUGGUGGCUACUCUCUUGGAAAAGCAAUAAUAUUUUUUGCAUUAGUGAUUAUAGUUCAGCAGCAGCAGCAGCAGCCUUCAAUAUCAUAAUUUUGAAUAAAAGGUAUUAGUUAAGUCAUUAUCAGUAUUAAAUUUAAGCAUCUUAAUUUGCACACAGUUAAUCUCCAGGUUGCUUCAUGUAAUUUCAUUUUAACAAUAGCGAUAUCUCAGUUCAUACUGCAAAGCAAGAAUACUUGAACAUGUUUAUUAGAACUGUCAUGUAAUGAUCAAAGUGUAAAUUCCUUCCUGUUAGAUUUACUACAUCUGUAAGGCUGACAGAGAAAAAGCAAGUCCUCUACAAUGUAACUUCAUGUGUAUAGACGUCAUCUAUCAUCAAAUGUAUAAUAAUGUAAUGCAGAUCUAAAAACUGUAGAUUCCCAUACUGUUAAUGCAAAUGAUGAUGAUAAACCUAAAAUCUAAA